AUGCAUGUUCUUUGGUUAGCCUUAAUCGUCAUCGGCGACGCGAAAAAAGUGCCCAACUCGAAGCUGGACAGCAUUAUCUACGACUAUCUGACGAUCGAUGACCAGCAACGCUCGUUCUGUUUUCGCCGGCUCAAUCAAACCGGCCAGAUCGGCUGCCAAAGCCUCCAGGAACCCGGCAACAGCGGCACGCUCAUUUACCUUGGCAACGAUCAAGCCAAACUCGACGAGUAUUUGAACGACGCGCAAAAAGUCUCUUCCUUGAUUUCACUCCAAAAAAGAAACUCUUCAAUCGAGCUCGAGAGCUUUUCUCCUGACUACGUUUGCCCUGGCAUCGGCGAUACUUGCACCCACGAGUGGAAUCCCUCAGGAUCUGGUAUCUUCUGGCGCGAUUAUUCCUUCCCCCUGAUUUUCUACAAAAAUGAGACGAUCGUCGAGAAGCUGCGCGACGACUUCUUCAAGUACAACAGCGACACCGAGUAUCCCCUGCUGCAGUAUCAGGUGGCAACGUUCAUGCGCGCCGCCGUGGACACGCCGACUUGCAAGCGUCGCAGCGACCUGAGCGAGCGAUCCACCGGUCUUGAAGGGACAAGUUCUCCGCGCUGCGAUCUCUACAAUGGCUACGCCACGUUUUCGAUGUUUCCCAAGCGGCAGAACGGCGGAAACGAGCCCGAGUCCCUCCCCGAAAAGUCGACAGUGGCAAUUGUGACGCGAUCCGACUCGCUCGCUUUUUUCCACUCGACCACUAGCGGCGUCGGCGCCCACACGGCCGCGAUGAUGAUCCAACUGGCGAUCGGAAAGGCGCUCAAGGAAAGCGGCCUCGUUGACAAGCUGGAAAGUUACGGCAGAAAUGUUGUGUUGAUGACGCUUCCGGCCGAGGAGCUCAAGAACAUCGGGUCCUCUUCGGUGGUUUUCGAUAUGGCGAACUACAACAAAAUCCCCGUCAAGUUUCAAAGCGGCGAAAGCGUUCUUGGCGGUCCAAACUCGAGCAUUCGAAAGUCGUACGGAUCCUACACUGUCGAGAAAGAAAUCUCCGAGUACCUCGGCCCCGUCCAGUUGAAAGUCAAGUCGUUGCGACAUUUGAUUGAGCUUGGACAGCUGGACGCCAAUCCUGAAAAUCUCUUCCUCCACGGCGAAAGCGUAGUCGAUUCACAAGUCUUGGACGCAUUCACGCGCAACGCAGCUAGUCCAGAAAACGGCUCUAGAAAUUAG